AUGGUUCCCCUAGAAAUUCGCUCAACGAUAGACAACGAAGAUGAGAGACAGGAUCCAAUGCCACAAAAAGGAGGAGUAGUGGCCAAGGUUAGAAAAGCGCUCAGGAAGAAACCAACAACUGCACCUGAACCUCGCAAGCAACCACAGAGAGCUGCAAAAAAGCCUAUAGACUACGCAUCUUCUAAUUCCUCCAUCAUAAAGAGAAGCGUUUCACAAAUCAGCAAGUCGGUGAUGAUAACAAUAUGCCUGACAGCUCUUCUCAUUGAUACGGCAUCCGCAAAUGUGCUAUCCUGCUCCGAACAUGGAGUGAAAGUUAACACGACUUCGGAAUCACAAUCACAACUAUGUCUCAACUACAAGGAUUGUCUAAAAAUUUCGACGAAGAAAGGAAUAAACGAAAUAGCACUCCCGACGAAGUACCGCACAACAGAACAUCGAAUUCAAUGGCGCACCAUGAUCGGAGCAACACAGUACUCCGACACCAUUAUUUGCCCACCAAGAGACAUUUGCGACAUGAUCAAAUGCAUAGUUUGUGCAGACUUGCUUCGCAAUCCACACUGCGCCCCCAACACUACGAUAGCAAUCACAGCAGUUUGCGCAUACCUUAUGAUGCUGCUCAUCUGGCUCACUUGCUGCACUGGACUUCGAGGAAAACAGCUUCUGUGCCGAACUAACGCGAACGACAUACCAACAGAAAAUCACGUUCCUUCUGCGAAUGAUCGACUUUCCGAACUGCUAGGAAGACAGUCCCGAUCCCUACGAAUCCAAUCGAAGAUGAUCACGUUUGUGGCUGUUGCAGAACACCGUCUGCACAAGGACCACAACACACUCAUCUGCCGCUACACGAUCGAAAACAGAAUAACUCUGAGUGAGCGCCGACCUCAAGCCUGCUUCAGGAUUCAACAUGAUAACAAGACAGUUGGCAGCUUGGAGAUACAACUUCAACACGUCGUACUCCAGUGCAAUCCCGUAGUCUUGUUCUACACCAGAGAUGCCGUGAUAGUGACCGAGUCAGCAAAACGAUGCCAUUUCUCUGGAUCAUGCUCAUCUAACACAUGUGCUCACACAAGCCAGCGAUCCUACAUACCAGAACUUCACAACACCUACGAAUUUCCUGGAUACUCAAGGUGCACCUCGUCAUGUGGAAGCAUCGGAUGUGGCUGCCUUCUACCUCUACCUGGAUGUCUCUUCUCCCGCUCAUACGGAAAACCGCAAAGUGAAACAAUUUACCAAGUGUUCCACUGUCCAACUUGGGAAGAAUCAGCAAUCAUCAAUACACUUACACAAACCACUCAUACUCAAAAGGACGCUAACCUAACAUUGGAAUUUGUGACAACGCCGACGAUUCCGCUGCUGAGCUCUGUGUUUUUACAAGCAGUCAACACCACCAAAGCGGAGACUGCCUUGGUCGACAAAGACGACGUAUUUGCUCUCAGAUGUCCAACGAUGGAAAGCUCGCAAAACCUCUCACUUUGCCAUGUAGAAGACACUUGCAAGUGCUACCCGACGGAUGACCAAGCUAACUGUAUCUGCAAAAACACGAACAUAUCGGAUUUGACGACAUCGAUGGAUAGCAGACUGCCACUCUCUUCCUCAUUCUUACAUCUACAAGAAGCCCAUGCAAGAGUACUUUGUAGCCACAAAUCCAUAGUCGACGUCACUACCAGCACCACUGCGGAAUGGAAUACAGCGAGUGUCGUCAACAAUGAAGACUGCGACAUCACAGCCUCACCGAUUCAAGGAUGCUACAACUGCGUGACCGGUGCACGACUUACCUUUUCUUGUCAUUCACCGCACCCGACAAUGGUGGAGAUAACGUGCACGCAGAACACCUAUGCUGCUUUCUGCAAUGAAAACACAGUGCAGACAGUUGCUAUACUUCAAUCGACCGUCGCUAACUAUGUCGACAGAUGUUCACUGAGAUGCAGAACGAAAAGCCACGUAUUCAACAUCUCUGGUAUCCUGGCAUACCACCCACACGAAAACGGAGUACUCUUCACAAAUGCUAGCGAGGAAGCUUCGUACGUCAACGUCUACAACUACCCCGACAUUGGACACAUCAUCAGCGUCGCCCUCUCGUCAUGGAAGAUGCUCGUCGUGGCUACCAUCGCAAUCAUAGCCGCGUUAGCCUUUACCAUUUUUUGUGUCCCAAAAAUCAUAAAAUUGUCAUUAAUGUGCGUGUAA